AUGAAUCCAUUCUAAUAGAUUCCCACUUUAGCAUAACUUUAAUAUUGUCCCUAAUUACAAUAAUUGUAAUAGCUUCAACAGCUACAAGUAUAUUUUUAUAUUGCUAUCCUUAGUAUUUACAUCUAUUCUUUGCACUCUAAAGCAAUGUUGCUAACCAGCCAAAUCUAUAAUUACCAUCACUCAACCCUCUUUAACAAAUAUCUCUUCUCUCUUAAUCCUCUCAAAGAACAAUACCAAUAAUCCAAUAACCAGACAUUCGAACAAAGAAGAGUCAAUCAGAGAGAGUUUUACCAAAGCAAAAGAAGGAGAAUGAAAUUCUGAAACAAUUUACGCUUGAUGAGAUCUUAUAAGAACUCAAAUAGUUAUUGGAAUAUCUUUGUAAAGAGGAAAUUAAGGUAUUGGAGGAGAAUGAGAAAAUAAAAUAUAAUGUAAAUAUUCAAUUUUAAUAACAAUUACUUUAGAUCUUGACCAAAAUAGAUGAUGGAUUAAUAGAGUCACUGAUCAAUCGAUAUCAAAAUCAGAAAAAGACGAAAGAAGAAUAAAUAAAAUUUAUACUUAGGAAGUGCUUUAAAUUUUUGAAAUAAAAGAUGAACUUAAACGAAUUAACAAUGAGUGCUUAUGAAAUUGAGAAGGUGUUCUAUAAGGAGUAUUUUGCGUCAAGUGAUAACAUCGAAGAAUUAAUCCCCUUUAGAUCUGAGUCUUCCAAUAAAACCAUGAAUACAUCAUAUUUAAAGAAAAUUUUCUCGUCUGAAAAAUUUUAUGAAGGCUAUCUCUCCUAUCUUGGUAAAUAAGAUGGUUAAACAUAAUAGAACAUUUUGAUGAAAUAUGGGAUCAAGAAAAUAAUGAGAAGAUCUAAAAUAUGGCUAAAUAAGUGCUGAAAUUCAUAGCUUCUGGUUAAAUCGAUGUAUAUAAUGUAUCACUCCGAAAUAGAAAAUAUAAACAUACAAAAGAGUGCCCUGGAUUUUGUCAAUGAAAUAACGUUGCUAUGAAUUGGCUGCCUCGUUGAAAGCUUACCAUGAACAAGAAGAAAUCUGUAAAAAGGUGAAAUAAGAAUGACAAUAUUUUAUAUAUAAUUCAAAAAUGCAAAAUAAC